AUGCCUAUUAGAAAGAAUCCUUAUAGUUUUCUUAAACUCCUUCACAAUUUUAUAACAUACCCUUUAAAAAUUCAAUCAACUGAAACUAGGUAUAAAGAAACAAUUUUAGCAGUUCUAACUCCAGUACUAGAACAUCAUCCUGCCUAUUUUCAUGAAGACCCUGUUCGUUUUAUGAUGCAAAUAGGUGUAUUUUAUCAAGGAACGCUUCGACGUGUGGCUAUUCAUGCUGCCCAAAAUUCUCAAUCACUUAUCAUUCUUCCAUGUCAUAAAUCUCAUGUAGAUUAUAUUGUUAUUUCUUACAUAUUUUUCCGUUUGGGGUUGGCUCUUCCACAUAUUGCUGCGGGUGACAAUCUCGACUUGCCUAUUGUCGGCACAGUUUUUAGGCGUAGUGGUGCAUUUUUUAUUCGACGAACGUGGGGUGAAGAUCAACUUUAUGGCAGUAUUGCAAAGGAAUACUUAGAGUGCUUAUUAGAAAGUGGUCAUAAUCUUGAGUGUUUCAUUGAAGGAACAAGAAGUCGUACAGGGAAGCUUUUACCUCCUAAACUUGGUAUUUUAAAAAACAUUCUCGAAUGUAUAUUGUCUGGCAGAACCGAAGAUUGUUGGAUAGUACCAGUAUCCUUACAAUACGAUAAAGUAGUUGAGACAGAAACCUACGUUAAUGAGUUGUUGGGUAAUCCCAAGGAAAAAGAAACUUUAUGGAGUGUUGUAACAAAUAGUAGGCUAGUGCAAUUGAAAUGGGGUCGCAUUGAUGUGCGAUUUUCCAAGCCAUUUUCACUACUAUCAUUCAUUGAAGAUCAAAAAAAGCGACGAAAUUAUAAUAAUCCAUUGAUUGAAGCACAAAAGAUUACUUUGUUGAGAGCGCUUGGUUACCGGGUUUUAUCGGAUAUUAACUCUGUUUCAGUUGUAAUGCCUACUGCUCUUGUUGGGACUGUAGUACUGACACUCCGUGGUAGAGGUGUUGGAAGAAAUGAAUUAAUAAGACGUGUAGAUUGGUUAAAAGCCGCAAUUUUGACCAGAGGAGGACGUGUUAAAGAUUUUUACGGUAUGAGUACGGCAGAAAUUGUCGAUCGUGCAAUUGCCGUAUUAAAAGAUUUGAUCGUAGAAAGAAAGGAUUUAUUGGAACCUGUAUUUUAUGCAGAGAAAAGAUUCGAAUUAAGUUUUUACCGUAACCAGGUUAUGCACUUGUUUGUUUCUGAAGCCAUAAUAUCGGUAGCAAUGUACACUAAAAUAAAGCAAGGUGGUGCCAAACCAGCACAACGUUUGAACAGAGCUACCCUUUUAAAAGAAAUAGAGUUCCUUUCUCAGUUGCUCAAAGGGGAAUUUGUGUAUAACCCUGGUGAAAUUAAGAAUAAUAUAUAUAAAACCUUGAUAGGAUUAAAGAAUGAUAAUGUAAUUGAUUAUAAUGAUGAAUAUGUGGAAUUAUCCGAUGCUGAAAGAGCUAUUGGAAGAGAAAAUUAUGAUUUUUACUGCUUUUUGAUAUGGCCUUUUGUCGAAACAUAUUGGCUUGCUACCAUAAGUCUGUUUUCCAUGACCCCUAAUAAUCCACCUCAAUCGACGACUCCGAUUGAGAAUAAAACCACCAAUAAUAUCACAUGGUUUAAUGAGAGAGAUUUUCAAAACAAAUGUCAACUUUUUGGUAAAACUUUAUACUAUCAAGGAGAUAUUUCCUAUUUUGAGGCAGUGAACAAGGAAACAUUAAAGAAUGCAUUUAUUCAUUUGGAAAAUGCUGGCGUUAUCAUGGUGAAACGAAGUCGCAAUGUUAAAAUACAACCCACUAUUGCUUUAGCACCUAAAUUUAUACCAACAAGGAAUUCUGAUGGAAUCAUUGAAGCUAAGGGUGAAUUAUGGAAUUUAGUUGAAAAAAUUGGAAAUUUUCGAAGGGAAGGAAAAAAUCGUAGAGAUAACGCUACAGUUAGUUCAAGAGUAUUAAAGUUAGCUGAGAUGGUAGGUACUCCAACCGCAGCUGAUGUAGAUGUGAUGAAUUUAAUGAAUAAUAAGCCUUCAAAGGCCGGAAAACGGGAAGCAAAACUUUAG